AUGGCGGCGGCGCGCGACGUGACGCUUCGCUCGAGCGAGGAUCGAGACGCGGCGAAGACGCACGAGGAGGUGCUUCCGAGCGCGGAUGCGCCGCCGAGACGCGAACGCACGGUUGAUGAGAGGCGAGACUCGGCGGCGGAUAUAGAGGCGGCGCGAACGGAGGCGAUGUUGGUCGAAACGUUUGACUCGUCGCGGACUGCGUCGACGCGAAGGCAAACGCCUCAAACGCAAAUCGACGAAAGAGCUCCGGGAGCGAAAGCGCGAGUGAGUGGGAACGAAGCGAUGAAAUCGGGCGAGUUCGACCUCGCACACGGUUUUUACACCGAAGCGCUGGAGGUGGCGAGGGAUGACGACGCGAACCUUCGCGCAGUGAUUUUCUGCAAUCGCUCGCUGGCUCUGGAAAAGAUGGCCGAUUACGACGCGGCGAUGUGCGACGCACAGGCCGCGGAAGAGCUCGCGCCGCACUGGAGUAAACCUAAGUGUAGACUCGCCAAGGCUUGCUUGAGAAUCGGCUCGUAUGGUCUCGCCGUGACGUACGCACGUCUCGGCGAAAAGCUACAGCUUGCGGAGGGUGAUCACAGCAAGUCAUUCCGAGACUUGCUCGAUGAGAUCGCGAUGUGCGCCGCCGAGAACGGAUCAGUCGCGGGAUUCGAUGGUAGAAUAAUUUACGUCCGAAGUGCGGGUGAAGAAGCUUGGCUCGGACGCGAAGCUCCUCUGAGCGCCGCGUUUGAUGAACUUGAUGACGAAAUCGUGGAUCCAAUGUACGGCGGCGGCGGCGCGAGAGCAGAGCGCGACUGCGAGAAGCCCAUCCACGCAAGGUCGCUCAGUGAGGCGAUCGAAAAAGCGCACGAUGGUGAUCGAAUCUUACUCUUGCGAGGAGUGCACAACGGACUCGGGGAGGUGUGCGAGAUCAAUAAGCGUGUGCUCAUCAGAGGCGAAGGCGCGUUUCGUGACGCGACGGUGGACUGUCGAAAUAACUCGGCUUUGUUUCGAAUCAAGCGUCCAUGCGUGAUUCAAAACGUCGACGUAGAUUUCACAGGCUUUAGCGAGGCUAUUCGUAUCGUCGGGGAUGAGCGCGUAAAACCCUUCAUCGAGAACUGCGUCGUGAAAUCGAGUGGCGGCGACGGCGUCGCCAUUGGUGGAAAAUCUUCGCCAUUAUUUCGAAACUGUGUCUUCACCGGCCGUCUAUCGGGAAUCCGAACGUAUAAAACGUCUAACCCGUCAUUCAUUGACUGUCACAUCACUCGAUCCGAGAAGCAAGGCGUGCUAGCCAUGGAAGAUUCGCGAGUCAUCAUGCACAGUUGCGUAGUGCAAGGGAAUGAAGAAGAUGGCGUCAUCGUCAUGGAGCGCGCCAACUUAGUGAUGAGCAAGUGCGUGGUGUACGAAAACAAGGGCGUGGGGAUCGACGUUUCGAAUCACGCGAAAGUUGUCGCGACCGAGUGCGAGAUCGAGGAUAACAUCGGCGGACUGUGGCUCUGGGAUGAGUCCACCGCGCACGCGACGAGUUGCAGCAUCAACGGCGGUAAAUCGCACGCCGCGCUCGUGGACGGUAAAGCCCGCGCGAACUGCAGACACUGCACCGUUUACGGCGUCGUCCACGCCUCUGAAAGCGCCGCGAGAGCCGUUCGAGGCGAAGGGACGACCGUGAUGACGACGGAUGUUCCCACCGCUCUACCGGCCGAGGCGAAGGGCGCUUUCAAGUUUGAUCCGUGUCCGUUCAGCAGAAAGCAAUAA